AUGAAAGUUCGUGGAUGUAUGACAGUCUAUCCAAAAGUUCAAUGCAUUUCCUAUACGUUUGAAGUUGAACACCCGACUCUUUGCGAGCUGAUCCUCUGUUUAGCUGAGAAUAGUGAUGUUCCGAACGACCGAUUCAACAAUGACUUGUUCCUAGUGGUCUAUAAUAGAGAUAACAAGCUUAUUGGAUUGACUCAACAUGUUUUAGAGAAUCGAAAAUAUAGAACAGGAGUAAUGACAAUAAAUCCAGGAGAUGAAGUGAUGAUUUUUGGAAUGGGAACAACGAUGAACAGAAAAAGAUCAACUACAGAAAUAAGAGCAACUCUGAUUGAAGAAAAUAAUAAAUUGAGUAAACGAUUCAAAUACGCUUUGAUGAACAUCUUCGACUCAUUUGAUGUGGAUUUGGAUGGUCUACUGAAUAAACAAGAAAUGAAUUUCUAUACGGUAGCCAGUGGAGAUUCAGAAUUGACAGAUCAAGACUGGGAAGUGUACCUGAGCAGUUUUGAGAAUCGAGAUGGAGGUCUUACUAUGAAAGGAUUCAUUAAAAUCCACGAAGUCGAAGCCAAUGAUCCAGAAGGGAAUGCUGGAGCAGAUUUGUGGCAUUCGUUGCAUUGUCUCGGUUACGAUACUCAGUUAUCUUCAGUUUAUGGGUGUUCUUAUGAUAUUGAAGUUCACACCAGUCGCCCGGUUCGAAUGAAUCCAAGAUUGCAAUACGUUGUCAAAGAGCAUAGAGCAUUCAUUUUGGAAAACCUCUACUAUUUGGGCGAAGAAGAUGAUCGCUUCGAAAUCCGACCACGACUUUUCAAAACUGAUUAUUUCGGUCUUCUAAUUGCAAGAAGAGAAGAAAAAUACGCCAAAGAAACGUAUAGAAUACAAUUAAGCUCACGAGAGCACCUCAAAAUCAACUUUCCCCAUCAGGUGGACCACAUAAUCAGAUUUGCUGAUUCUGAUAGUGAAUGGGUUCUAAUCGCUUCAUACACCGUCACUGAUCCGGAUGCUCAACUGGAAUAUAUGCUGGAAAAAGUUCAAAGAAGUUCUUCUAAUUCUACAUCUCCUCUUCUCAGAGCUUGA